AUGUUACUCAGCCUCGAAGCCCGUCUCUUAUCAACCGCCAUUGUCAUCUUUAAUUGGGCGACAAGUACCUUCAAUUGUGGCAUUUUCAAUUAUAUUUUCACUGUAACCGCUAAUAAUACAAUCAAAGUAACACAAUCCAGCAUAUCCAAUGCAAUCCUUGAAGCUGUCAAUCAGAAUCUCUUUCAAGGCGGAAGUAGAAGACUAGAAGUUUACAAUUGGCUUCCUGUCGAACUCCAAACCGGAAGCGGGGUCUCUCGUAAUGUUGCUAUUCUCACUGGAGUCACCAUCAUCGUUUCUUUACUGUUUCUUAUUCUUCCCUUGUCUGUUAUCACUGUCACUUGCUGUUGCCAUUGCAGAUUUAGGGCUAAGGAAAACGCGAAUAUUAAUCGAUCUCAUGGAAAGGACACUUACCAAGGCGCUUAUUUUUUGGAGAAAAUUCACGCGCAAGCUCUGGAGGCGAUUAAAAAUUCCGAUAAAAGUACUGACUGUUUCAAUCUUUGUCAUAUCAUCGUGUUCGUUGUCACUUUCCUUCUCCUUGUGGCACUAACUGCUUCAGUUGGAGUUCUUUUCAUUGCUGGAUUUAUGGUGACUGACAUGCUAACAGAGGACACUGCCCAAACACCACCCACUUCCUUCUCAUCUGACAAUUUCACCAUUCUCACAGGAGUGAAGUUCAUUUUCUCUCAGUUUCUCGACUUUUUGAACACUGGUAUCAGUGAUGGUAUAAUUUCCACAGAAAUUCUUCUCAAAGAUAUCAACUCAACUUUUAUGAAUGUACUGGAACCGAAGGUAUCAAGUGCCGUUGAUGAGCUACUGGUCACAUACGGUGUUAAACCCCUAAUGCAUGCAGGUGAAACAUUGCAAGGUGACUUGAAAGUCCUUGAAACCAAUAUGGAUUAUAUCAGGCUGCACAAUCAACAAGUCAGUCAAGAUAUCUCCCAAUUGGUUGGAAAAUUCAGCACAAUUUACAAUCUAGUUGGGCCCGAACUUGACAAAGUUUGUAAUCGUUCAAUGGGACCUGAAAUAGAAAUCUUGUGUGACAGUCUCAAGAGACGUGCGCCCAUAUUAAUUUUGCAAUUCAACGCAUCAGCAAUCAAGGUCGAUCCACCAGCUGUUUUAAAUUUCAUUUUUAAUGAGCUUGGGGUUGACUUAACUGAAAUUCUCAAACAAUUCAGUGAGUUCACAGUAAAAAUCGAAGAAGUUGAAAAUGAUGUUCUCGCCAAGUUGUCGUCUUUUCUUGAUCUAAACUCUAUGCUUGCUCCACUAAUGCGAGUUUGGGACACUUUGGGAAAUGCAACUGUUUCAAUCAGUGGAAAUUUAACCAAAAUCACUGAAUCUAUUUCCGCUAACACAAGUAGUUCACGUGCAUUGGUGUCAGUUUUGAUCUAUGCACCUUUAACCCUUAUUCUGGCUCACCUUGUUGCAAAUUCAGUCGUCGCCACUCUCUAUGCACUCGAAGCUAAGAAAACCGAAGUAUUCUACCGAAGUAGUACUGACUCCUAUGAUUCAUCUCGUGUCUGCAGCAAUAGCGGCAACUUAGUCCAUGCUACGAUCAUACUUGUUUUCUUUACCAUUCUAUGCAUUUUAAUAAUACUUCUACUUCCUGCUGUUACAAUGUUUGCAAGUGACGGCUGUGUCUACCUAGUUGAGCAAAAAGGGGUAGCUCAAACCGAUUGCAUUCUCAAUUCAUAUAUUGAAAAUGAAAUCUGGCCCACUAUUGUUGCAGAGAUCGAAGGAGCGCUUGAGCCAUCAGUUAGAGAUUUUCUUGUCCUUUCUUCUCCUCGAAAUAUUGUCAACGCUUCUACAGUGAUAUGUGGAGAAUCCAUUCAUACGACCAAUUUCAAUGGACUUCUAAGAGCUGUUGGAUGGAAUACGUUCAUCAGCAUUCCAAAAGUCUUCGCAAGUGCUGAUGUUCAAAAGAAAAUUCAGGAAGGGGAACUGACUCUUAAACAGGAAAUUCUGAAUCAAAACCUGGGAAGCUUAAUCCCAUCCGAUUUGGAUGAGAUAAUAAAAACAACCCAGAAUCUGACUCACUAUUUUGAUGCUAUGAAUUACCAGCCCUCCAUUGACGAGCUCUCUCCAAGCAAACUUCCAAGUAAAGAGUUGGCCAAUUACGCAAGCGAUUUGGAAACACUCAUUUCUAAGAUACAAAAUUUGGGACUGCAGGCAAGCGAUAUUUUGCAGCGUUGUGUUAUUUUGAUACGCGAUGAUAUGGUAGCUCUGGAGCAAGUCGGUAGGAACGCUUCCAAGUUACGAGAGGCUUUUAUGGAGGUUCAGGCCCGUAGAAAUUUAACGACGGGGAUUAAUAGUCUCGUAGCCGGUAUUGAAGAAGUUAGAAAGACAUUCAGCAAUGAUUCCACCAUACUCGCACCGAUAACACCAAUAUACUGGAAUCUGGUAGAUUCAUUUAAGGUGGAUCUUGAAUCUGGGUUGGAUCCUGUAAUCCAAUCAUUCUUGCAUAGUAUUCUACCUUGUUCAAAGGUCUACGCAGCUGCUGACGCGUUACUUCAAUUGGUUUGUAAGCAAAAUGGAGUCUUGAGUCGUGCAUUUGUAUGGCUUUAUAUCCUCGCGAUAACAGCGUCAAUCGCAGUGGUACUCUUCUUCAGUACGUUCCUUCUAGGAUUCAUCCAGACCCACCACUUUCGACGGCUUAAAUGCGCCUCGCAAAUAUUUCUCCCAUCCAAGACUAGCUCCUGUGAUCGCUAUAUUCCUUAUCCUUCUUCAAGCUGUCGUAACCAAGUUCUCGGUUCUCACUCUCUUAAAAAGCAAGUCCAUUCUUCAAAUGAAUUGAAACGCCAACAGGAGCUGCCAAAUUACCGACUGACAGCACCUAUUCCAGCUGCCUAUGUUGAUCGGCGAGAUUGCAAUCCGCUUAGAGCGUUUCCACCUGCCGAUGAAAUUAUGGCCCAAGAUGGCGCAUCGGAAAUGUCAGCGAACUCUUUCUAUGAAGAUCCCACUUACCAUCCCGUGCCUGCACCACGUAGUGGAAGACAGAAUCGGAUGGCAGAAACGGAACUUCAUUUAGAGGCAUUGAAUUCCCACCCAGAGGAAAAGCUCCCAACUCAAAAACAUAAUGAAGACUAA